AAUAUAGAGAUAGUGGCACGAAGUAGGAGGAUAAAAUGAGUCUAUUUGCUACAUGGAAUAGAAUGAAAAGAAAUAGAAAAAUAACAAGUCCUACUCAGAUUUAUUUUUACUAAAAAAUUACAAGAAAUGAACAAUACGAACUUUAUGGAUUUUGUAUGAUUGCAUAAUUGUGUUACGAGAUGACACUCAUUUACAUCUUGUUUUUGUAGGAUUAACUCACAAUUGGUUCUCUUAUUUUGAUCUAAUAUUUAUUGCUUCAUAAAAACACAUCUACCCAUUCACCUUAUUGAUUAACUAUUUAUUUGAUAUUCCUUCAUCUCUAUUUCUUUUUAUUUAUCCUAAAUUAAAUACCCCUAAGUUUAUCUAUAUCUUGUUUAUUUUAUUCACAUGUUUUCCCUCUUUAUCUUUAUCUAUUCCACUUACUAGAAAUAUUAUAUUUUUUUCAACGUUAGCAAACCAUUAGAGCAAUUCCAAUAAAAAAUGAUUAAGUGGUUCGCAGAGGUAAAAACGAAUUCUUCAGUUUAAAAUACCAUUAGACUGGGGUUGAUUGAGAAACAAUUGCAUGAAAACAACUCUUGUAGCAGGAUGUGGACCAGUGAAAUUAUUUAUUGUUGCUUUUAAUAUAAGGUGAAUAGAUGAAUGUAGAUACGUGAAGCUCAACUAAACAGGUACUGAAAUAUUAUUACCUUUCUACCACAAAGUGUAAACAUACAUUUUAUGUUCUUCAGCUAUUUUAUCAUUAAAGCGUUACUGAUUUUAAAAUCUGCUGCGUAUAUUAAGCCCCACUGAAAAUGACUUCAGAACAAAAAGAAAAUGUACCAUUGGACAUGUUCUUACACACUCCUGCUUCUUCAAAGAUUCCGCUGUAUAUAUAUAUAUAUAUAUAGCACCCCUUAAGGAAGAAACCACUCCACAUCUCUAAGGUUUAAACUUGUUAGACAUGGAACCCAAGUUGACAGUGAAUUGUGACCAAAAUGAGUUGCUCAAAACCAGAACUGGUACUCAUUUGCCAGAGAGCCCGAGAGUACCAAUGGAGUUUCUGUCAAGAUCAUGGAGUGCCUCUGCUCUUGAGGUCUCCAAAGCCCUUGCACCUCCACCACCUUCUUCUUCUUACAUACCUUCCAAGCCUCCUAUUAUACCCUCUUCUAUCACCAACUCCAUUUCCGAAGAAACUUGUUCUGCUAAGUCAGAGGAGUUCUCAGCAACCAUGUCCGCCACCCAGUUCUCUUUUGCUUCCUCCGCCACUUCACAGCUCCUCCUUGACCGCAUUAUGUCACAGUCAACUAGAGAGGAAGUGUCUCCAUUAACGUCAGGGAGACUGUCUCACAGCAGUGAACCUUUGAACGGUGGUGCUUCUUUAACUGGAACGGACAGUCCGCCAAUCUCUCCUUCUGACGAGUUUGACGAUGUUGUCAAGUUUUUUCGGGCAAACAACUCCAUUCAUCCCUUAUUCAAUGGUGGACGAGCCAUGAGUGGUGCUACAGGCAAUGCCACUCCUAGCUCCGGACCUAAAACAGUAGGAAGAUGGUUGAAAGACAGAAGAGAAAAGAAGAAAGAAGAAAACAGAACCCAUAAUGCUCAACUUCAUGCUGCAGUUUCUGUUGCUGCCGUAGCAGCUGCUGUUGCAGCUGUCACUGCCGCAACAGCAGCCACAUCUGCAGCUACCAAGGAUGAGAAGAUGGCCAUGUCCGUUGCUUCUGCGGCCACUUUAGUUGCUGCUCAGUGUGUAGAGGCCGCUGAAGCAAUGGGAGCUGAGAGAGAUCACCUUGCUUCUGUGGUUAGCUCUGCCGUCAAUGUCCGCUCUCAUGAUGAUAUUUCAACACUUACAGCUGCAGCUGCCACAGCUCUACGUGGGGCAGCAACCUUGAAAGCAAGAGCAUUGAAGGAGGUGUGGAAUAUUAACGCAGUGACUCCAUUAGAGAGAGGAACAGGUAUUGGAAGAUGUGGUAAAAGCAAAAACAGUAAUUCUAGCACCAGUGACAGUGGGGAGAUUAUGAAUGGUGACAAUGUUUUGGGUGCAUGCAACCAAGAGCUCCUUGCUAGGGGCACUGCAUUACUCAAACGGACGCGCAAAGGUGAUCUUCACUGGAAAAUAGUUUCAGUUUAUAUACAUCGAACAGGCGAGGUAAUGUUGAAAAUGAAGAGCAGACACGUUGCAGGAACUAUCACCAAAAAGAAAAAGAAUGUUGUUUUGGAUGUGUGCACAAAUUUAGCUGCAUGGCCAGGAAGGCAUCUGGUUGAUGAGGGUGAAGAAAGAAGAUACUUUGGAUUGAAGACAGAAGUAAGGGGAGUUGUGGAGUUUGAAUGCAGAAAUCAAAGAGAAUAUGAUAUUUGGACUCAAGGGGUUUCUAGACUUCUUUCCAUAGUUGCACGCAGACAAAACCUAAAUGGGGUUUGAGCUGAACACAUUGGCAACAGACUCUGUUUCUACUGAUUCAUUGUUCAAUCUAUAUGUAUCUAUUUAGCAGUAUCUUACUUCUUUAACAGAAACUAAUGGAUUUUGUAACUAGACAAUGAAGAAAUUGCUUAUUUUAUCCGUUUUGGCUAAAA